GUCCGUCCGCUCUUACUGAGAGGGCCCUGUGGGGUUAUUUGUAAGUAUUUUUGGUGUUUGUGGGGUUACUUUGGGAUUCUGGGGUUAACCCCACAAGAAAUGUGUUUUAUGGACUUAUAGUGGUCCUGUGGGGUCAUUUAAAUAGUGAAUGACACUUAACCCCACAAGUACUUGUCCAAGUGUAAAAAUGUCAUUGGUCUGAUUUGUCCAUAUGGGAUAACACGGACAACACCGCAAAAUCAUAUUCGGACAUCCCGCCGCGGUUACGUUCCAAUUGCGCAUGCGCUAAUUUAUACCGUGACGAGUGCAACACUAUACCGUGACGAGUGCAAAAAUAAAAACCGAGACGAGUGCAAAAGGUCGGUCUCCGGCAGUCCUGUGGGCAGCAUCCUGUGCAAGCAAUGGGAAAGCGGAAAAGACAUGGCGUUUAUACAAGACAAGAUGGAGAUGUCAAAGUCGGGCAGUUUGUGUGGGCUCAGUUAACUGGGGUACCCGCAAGCAUGAUGUGGCCUGUUAGAGUUGUCGGUAUUCCAUCAGAAGGCCAUUAUGCAGUUUUCUGCAAAGCAGACGAAGCAACAUUGACUACAAGAAAAGUGGAAUCUUUUCAAAAUCAUGAUAUGUGGAAGAAAAAAGGACAACAAGCGCUCAAAAGAAAGCCUGCAACAUUGAAUCAAUUUCUGGAAGACAUCAGUUGGGCGCUAAGGGAAGAAGAUGUCAACAUUCCCAAUCACGAGACAGAGGUCAUCCAAAUUACACAGGCUCCGUACGCGUUUGGGGUGGAGGAUAUAUCUGAAUCUGAGAUCACUAAUGUUAGGGCUUCAUCUCCCAAUCACGAGACAGAGGUCAUCCAAAUUACACAGGCUCCGUACGCGUCUGGGGUGGAGGAUAUAUCUGAAUCUGAGAUCACCAAUGUUAGGGCUUCAUCUCCCAAUCACGAGACAGAGGUCAUCCAAAUUACACAGGCUCCGUACGCGUCUGGGGUGGAGGAUAUAUCUGAAUCUGAGAUCACUAAUGUUAGGGCUUCAUCUCCCAACCACAAGACAGAGGUCAUCCAAAUUACACAGGCUCCGUACGCGUUUGGGGUGGAGGAUAUAUCUGAAUCUGAGAUCACCAAUGUUAGGGCUUCAUCUCCCAAUCACGAGACAGAGGUCAUCCAAAUUACACAGGCUCCGUACGCGUCUGGGGUGGAGGAUAUAUCUGAAUCUGAGAUCACCGAUGUUGGGGCUUCAUCUUAUGAGCAGGAUAUUUCUGAAACACAUUCAGAGUAUUUCCCAGAAAGUAAUGAUUCAGACUCAAGUGUUCAAUCACAAGCAAAAAUAGGCCAAAAGUUGCUACAAAAAGAACUCUUUGCCUCUGACUCUGAAAAAGUGAAUGAUUCCGACGAAAGUAUGUCAGUUGAUUAUCCUUUAUAUCCUGCCCUAAACAUACAGGUUCCUCCUCUACCCAUCGAUGUUGUAAAUUCUAUGGAUAACGAUUCUUCUGAUGGAGAAGAGAGUGACAGAGACCCAGAGUUCAUUGCACUCGACAAAAGCCACCCAAAAAUAUUCGUCAAAUUAGUGGAAAAAAGCAAAAUUACAAAAACUGGCAGAGUAAAAAAGUCCGACAGAGUUUAUAACUCGCAUCAUCCAUGCCCAUUUUGUGGGAAAAUGCAGACAAAUUUCAGUCACCACAUUCUCUCCAAGAUUCACAACAAAGAGCAGGACGUGAAAGAUUUACCACAGUUGCAACCAGACGAGGAAACAGAAGAAAAACAGCAGAUUAGAAAAGAAAGAAAGAGAAGGAUUGAACUUUUGCGUCUGCAAGGUUGUCAUAAACAUAACAUGAAAGUUCUUGAAAAGAAGAAAGGAGAGAUAAUAUUAGCUAGAAGAAGUGCUACAGACAAAGAUUUUGAUGUUACAAAAUUUGGUCCUUGUCCAAAUUGUGUGGGAUGGAUAAAAAAUUCAACAAUGACAAAACAUCAGAAAGUAUGCCCCAAAAAAUCUGAUGACUUUCAGCCUUCAAACAAGACAAUGUUGAGAGUCCAAAGUGAUGCACUUGUUGGAAGGAUUUCGGACCAAGCAUCUCAAGUGCUUGUAAAGGAAGUUUUUACCUGUAUGCAGGCAGAUGAUGUGUCACUUAGAGCGCAAAGUGACCCUCUUAUCAUAAGUCUGGGUAAUCAAUGGAUGGAUCGGAACAGGGGAAAUCGAAUUAUGCGAAAAUAUUAUGCAUCACAGGCGAUGAGACUUGCUGCUAAACUCUUAAUACACCUAAACAACAUAACAGGAAAUAAGGACAAAGAUCUGAACUUUUUCCUUCAACCUUCAUACUUCGAAAGUGUUGCAAAGGCUGCCCUCCAAUGCUCCAAACAAGACGCUGAUGAUGAUGAAGACCUAGCCUCUCCAAGUAAUGCAAUCAAGUUAGGCUAUGACAUUAAAAGCCUUGCAAGCUCAAAACUUGGAAAUGCUCUUAUCAAUGGAGAUAAUAAAAAGAAGGAGGAGGCUGAAAACUUCCUUAAGCUUAUGAACAUGCAAUGGGGACUGAAAGUAACCAAGCUAGCACGUGUGCUCCUCAAUGAAAGACAUUUUAACAGGCGAUGCCCAUUGCCAAAACCAGAUGAUGUAAAAAAGAUUACAGUUCACAUGAAAAAAGAAAUAAGCAGUUUAGACCUCAAUGAUAUGUCUUACCAGAACUAUAGAAGAGCAGCAAUACUUGUUUUGGCAAGAACAACCCUUUACAAUAGAAGAAGGUGUCAUGAGGUUCAAGCUUUACGUUUGGAUGCCUACCAAAAGAGGAAACGUGGAAUAGAUGAAAUUGCCACAGAAAUGAUGGGGGAGAUGACAGCGUUUGAAAAACAUCUCCUGGAGACCCAAGAAGUUGUAGAAAUCAGAGGAAAGGUUGGAAGGUGUGUGCCUGUGAUUUUACCUGAAGAUGUCCGUGCUGUAUUGACUUAUAUAGCCAGUGGUGAAGUGAGAAAAGCAUGUCAAAUCUCUGCUGAUAACCCAUACCUAUUUGCAAAUCGUAUGGCUGGUGUAUUCAGAGGAUAUGAUGCCAUUUAUACAUUGACGAAGGAGGCUGGACUGACCAAUCCAAACUUAGUCAGAACCAGCAAUAUGCGUAAAUACAUGGCAACAAUGGUGCAGGCUCUGGACACCAAUGAAGCAGAAAGAAGCUGGAUUGUCCAACAUUUGGGACACUCCAUGGAUGUUCACAUGAACCACUACCGACAAACAUCUGAUUUGAUUGAAAGGACCGAAGUGGCAAAGUUGCUUCUGAUCCAAGAUUUUGGUGUUGUCUCAAAAUAUGUUGGCAAGAAACUGAAGGACAUUCAGCUGGAUGACAUAAUUCCUUCCGCACCUGAAGCAGCUGAAGAUGAUGAUCACGAUGAAAUUGUCUCUCAAAGAACAGAAAUCGAGGAAGAUUUCAUUCCAGAUUUACAAGACCUAAGUGAUGAAGAUAUUACCGCACCACAACCAAAAAAGAGGAAGAAGAUGGAGAUGAGAAAGCGCUGGUCUCUCAAAGAGGAGGAAGAACUAAAGACUCUCUUCAAGAAAAACUUCGAAAAGGAUUAUUGUCCCAGACAGCAAGAAAUUGAAAACGCCAUGAAGAAAAGUUGUUCUCAGGAUGGCCUGAUUCACCAAAGACCAAGGGAUAACAUCAAAAAGAAAGUGAGCUUUAUGCUAAUCAAGAGGAGAAAAGCAUCCAAAAAGAACACUUAAUCAUUGAAAUA